AUGGCGCCCCUGCCAGUGAGCAGUGCAUCUUCCGUGGAGGAUGAGGGAGACCAUAGUGAAGCUUCUGACUGGCUUCACGUUUACGGAUCCGAUGAGCACGUGCUCAAGGCGCUGCGAGAGGUGUUGCACGUCAGCACCGAGGACGUUGCGAUUGUGCUGGAGGGGAACGUGGGGCCUCAGGCGAAAUUCGUGGAGGGCACGAGGGAGGAGCUGGACUAUCUGUUCAUAGUUGCCCACGAGCUCAGGCUAGAGCCUUCCACGCCCUCCAUCUCGGAGGAGACGUCGGCGUCGGACGAGCUACAGCUGAUCGAGAUCCAGCUGUCGCUCUUCUUCUUCCCUGAACUGCGGCUACUGGUGACCUUCGGGGACACAAACUGCGAGAACGCCAUCACGGAGGUAGAAGACUUGCUGCCUCCUCCUACUGUCUUCUUCCUCUCCUCCCUCCUCCCUGCCUUCCCCACCUUCCUCCUCCUCGCUCAGAGUAAGCGCCAUGUCAAGGCCGCCCAAGCGAACCUGCGCAACAGGAGAUCUCUGCUCCGCAGGGACUGCAAGGAGCGGCGAGGGAUUCCAACGCUCAUCGUCGUCCUGCUUGAUGCGAUUCUUGACCAGGUAGCAGCUGCCUUGAGGCUCGAGGAGCUGGGGGUGACGCAGGUAGCGCAGAUGUUUCCCAUCCUCAACAUGUACGGGGACGCCAUGGAAGGGCUGGCACUGUUCGUAGCGCGGGACCCUUCGCAUGAGCACGUGCAGCUGUCCAACAAGCUCAAGACCAGGGUGAGGCAGAUCCGAGCAUGCACCUGGGACGCCAGGAGCCUCUUCAUCGAGCUGAGUCAGGACAUGUGCGGGUGCCUGGAGAGCUCAGAGCGUUUCGACACGUUGAUACAGAGGUGGCUGAAGGACCUGAGGAGGGAGGGGGUAGAGCAGGGACUGACGAUAGGGGACAGCACGAUGCAGAUAGAGAAAGAGGCGCAGUCUCUGAUUGACCUCUGUGUCGGGAUAGAGACCUUCUACACGUCUUUCCAGAAUGCCAGGAUGAACAAGACCCUGUAUGCUCUGACAGUAGCAACAAUCUGCAUGAUGCCCUUUCAGUGCUUGACCGGCUUGUUCGGGAUGAACUUCAAGAACAUGCCCGAGCUCGAAUGGGAUCACGGAUACUUGAUGUUUUGGUGCAUUGCGGGUUUGCAGAUAACGUUAGCGGUUUGUAUUUUGAUCUACUCCCAAAGAACGGGACACAGCGGGCCCGUGAUAGUGCUGGACGAGCAGCGGCUUGUGGGAGGGGAUGGAAGGCCGCGGGUGGGGAUGAGCGGUAGCAAGGAAGGAGAGUCCUCGUUCCUGGGGCUGAGGAUCGAGCCUCUUGCGCGGAUCAUGUCGGGCAAGAGUGCCAUCUUUAGGACGGGGAGAGUAGAGUCGGUGGGUUGA